CAAUCAUUUAUCUAGUACCACUCCUCCUGCCUCCCCAGGCUUGAUAUUUCCCUUCUUUUGUCUUUGCAGGUGUUAACCUGAUGCAGUUAAUUGUCCCUGGAAAGGCUUCUUCUGGCUUGGUUCGCUUUGCUCUUAACAGGGGCUGUAACCUCCAGAGACGGAGAGAGAUCGGCAGAGAGAGAGAAUGAGAAUGGAUGUGUGAGAGAAGUGAGACGGAGAGCUGCCUUUGCAGGAGCUGCAUUACUCUGCCUUACGUUAGCGCUGCAAAGCAUUUCUAAUAGCGCCAGGCAUCCCAGGGACCCACCGCUGCCUCUUGGAGACUGACUGGUCUCUGUGUGAGCCUCUGGUGGAUGGGGAACUGCAGGAUUAAUGGAGAUGCGCUGAAAGCAUAGCCAGCCCCCUGGCAGGCACAGCACAUGCUUGCCCUCGCCUCUGACGGUGCAUGAUGGAAGUGGCCAGUAUCAAAGACUUCCAGUGGAAAACCCUGGCGCCUCUCCCCAGCCGCAGGGUCUACUGCUCCUUGGUGGAAGUGGGAGGGCAGGUCUUUGCCAUCGGGGGCUGCGAUGACAAUGGUGUCCCCAUGGACUGCUUCGAGGUGUACUCCCCAGAAGCCGACCAGUGGAACUCCCUCCCUCCCAUGCCCACGGCCCGGGCUGGGGUAGCGGUGGCCACCCUGGGCAAGCGGAUCAUGGUGAUCGGAGGGGUUGGAGUGAAUCAGAUGCCCCUGAAGAUCGUGGAGAUGUACAACAUCGACGAGGGCAAGUGGAAGAAGAGGAACUCCCUGAGGGAAGCAGCGAUGGGCAUCUCGGUGACCGCGAAAGACUACAGAGUCUAUGCUGCCGGUGGCAUGGGCCUGGACCUGCGGCCUCACAACUACAUGCAGCACUACGACAUGCUGAAGGACAUCUGGGUGUCGCUGGCAGCCAUGCCCACACCCCGCUACGCCGCUGCCUCCUUCCUGCGUGGCACCAAGAUUUACGUGCUUGGCGGACGGCAAUCCAAGUAUGCCAUCAAUGCCUUUGAGGUCUUCGACACCGAGACCAGAUCAUGGACCAAGUUCCCAAACAUCCCCAGCAAAAGGGCCUUCUCCACUUUCGUGCCCACGGAAAGCAAGCUCUUCAGCCUCGGGGGCCUGCGGCAGGGCCGGCUGUACCGGCAGCCCAAGUUCAUGAGGACCAUGGAUGUGUUUGACAUCGAGCAAGGUGGCUGGAUGAAGAUGGAGCGCUCCUUCUUCCUGAAGAAACGGCGAGCAGACUUUGUCUCUGGCUACUUGAAAGGCAGGGUCGUCGUGGCAGGGGGGUUAGGGAACCAGCCGACUGUCCUGGAGUCAGCCGAAGCCUUCCACCCGGAGAAGAACAAAUGGGAAUGCCUCCCGCCCAUGCCCACCCCUCGCUGCGCCUGCUCCAGCGUCAUGGUGAAGAACUGCCUGCUGGCCGUCGGCGGCGUCAACCAGGGCUUGAGUGAUGCUGUGGAGGCGCUGUGCGUGUCUGACUCCUAGCAGGCCUCUGCCCAAACCCCCCCACCCCAGCUGGAGGUCCUAGGAAGGCGGCAGGGGUGAGGACACCACCAGGUCCGCUCUGUAGAGUCCCUCGGCACUGGAGUUGUUUGCACUCGCUCCCCUGCUCUCUCCGGCUGCAGCUCUGCUGUCAUGGUUUAGUCCAAGGAAAGGGGCCACCUUCUUCGCCUCCGGGAUCUCAUGCCUCUUGAGACCAGCGCUGCUCUGAUGCUAUUUGUUAGCAAAGGCUCCUGACUGCCCAGUAACCAGUCCUGCUAUUCACAGCUCGAUCACUCCUCUGGACAGCCUUGAUCUCCACCCCUGCUCUGGGAUCCCACAGACCUCGGUCCAGCCUUCAGCUGAAGCUGCUGGGAAUGCACCAGCUCCUCUCCGCAGUAGUGGAAGCUGCCGAGCCUGGGUGGGACGCUUUGACAUGGGGACCCCCCCACCACAACUUCCUGCAAGGGUCCGGAAAGCAACCCAGCUGAGAACAGCUUCCACCGGGGAAGGGACCUUGAGGUCAGGGCAGAGAGUGGUGUGUCCUCACACCCUCCUGUCCUCCCCUUCUGAUCACAGCUCAUAGCUGCAAAGUCACAGGAGAAGUGUGUGGAUCCAGACAGGCCAGGGAAAGCUUCUGCUGUACAGGUGGAGCUGACCUGUUUCUGGUGGGGGACUGCAGCAGCUGGGGCUGAAGGCUUCAGGGCAGGCUGCAGAGGGAGAGACCUGCCUAACCAUGCUGCCAAGUAGAAAAAGGACCCUCCUGGGCCAGCGGGCACCAGUCUGAUGGCAGGACUGUCAGUGAACCCCUUCCCAAUAAGCUGUAGACUUUGACUGUUGCUUCACAGGAGCCAGAAGCGCUCUCAGGGACAGGACAUGGGGGCUCAUGUUGGCACUGCUUUCCACGGGGGGUAGCUCUGCCUGUAGCAGCAGAAGCCCAGGUCUGCCUUCUCUCACUUUAUUGCAGAGAUGGGCUUUCGGUGCAACAUGACAACCCAGCCCUGGACUCCAAUCCCAGGUGAUGCCCUGGGGCGUUUGGAGAUGGGGUUUGGGUUUGUUGCAUUGCAGAGAUGAAGAACCUUUUGCAAACCCCAGGCUCGGGUCUUGCUUUGCAUUUCUAGUGCCCUGCCAAGCCUGGACAACCGCCCUUGGCUCCUCUCACCCCGCUGCGUUGCAACGCACAACCAGAAUGCCACCGCCGCCAUCCUCUUUUUCUCUCUGUUUUAUGGUUCCCCUCGUGGCUCGUGGCUGGUCAUGUCCAAGUGCACUGCGAUGGACAGUUGUGGCUCUCAUGCAUAGCGGCAGCCCGGGCCAAACCCACCUCCAUAAAGUCUCUUGAAUCAACA